AUGCAUUACGUACAGAAUGGGUGGCCAGAAACCAAACAGAAGCUCUAUGGGCCCGUGAAGAAAUACUGGGGUGAAAGAGGAAGCUUAUCCACCCACGAAGGCCUAUUGAUGAGGGGACGAAGACUUGUAAUUCCGUCGAGUCUCAGGCCAGAUAUCUUACGGUACCUACAUGAUGGUCACCAAGGCAUAUUCAAGACACGGGACAAUGCAGCAUCGUCCGUUUGGUGGCCCGGAAUCUCCAAACAAAUUGAAGAGAUGGUUUGCAAUUGUGCCACCUGCGAAAAAUAUCGGAAAGAACGUAUAGAACCGAUGAAGGGAACGGAUUUCCCAGAGCGACCGUGGUCCAAACUCGGAGCAGACUUCUUCCAACAUGAAGGCCGACACUACCUGCACAUAAUCGACUACUAUUCGCGCGAUAUCGAAAUAUACUUGGUGAGCAAGAAUGUAACAGCCUGUGAUACAAUAAACAAGAUGAAGAAUGCCUUUAGUCGACAUGGAAUCCCAGAUAUCUUAGUUACCGACAACGGACCACAGUUCGCUUCUGCAGAGUUCAACAAGUUUGCGGCAACAAGGGGAUUCGAUCACAUAACUUUAUCACCUCGGUACGCCCAGUCAAAUGGCGAAUCGGAACGAGCUGUCGAGACAAUAAAGAACUUUCUGAAGAAGUGCGAUGACGAGUACCUCGCUCUUCUAAGCUACAGAAACACACCGCUUCACAACGGAUAUUCUCCCUCACAGCUAAGUAUGGCUCGCAAACUAAAAACUAGAGUACCAUGCCAUACUGACGAGUCGAAACCUCAACUCCCAGACAAUGAUGUAGUGAGAAAGAGAGAAAGAGAGUACAGAAGACAAAUGCGGGAAGACUAUGACCGCAGACACAGAGUUGCAGAGGGGGAGGAGUUAGCAAAAGGUGAUCGAGUAUGGAUACCAGACCUAAAGACGGAGGGGACAAUAAUUAGGCCACACGAAACCCUACGAUCGGUUGUAAUACAAACACCAAAGGGAUUGCGGAGACAAAACCGUCGACAGGAAAGAAGAGCCUUAGGAAGCCCUCAGCCAACAUACGCUGCUACACAGUACAGGGCCCCUAUACUCCCCGAGAGAUACACGACUCCGGAAGCAAUACAAAGCCAGUCAAGCCCUCUCCCGGUACAACAACCAUCAGUCUCCGACAAAGAGACCUUCAAUGAAAUGUCUGGACCCACACAAGGAGAUGGGAAUCGAGUACCACAGCCGUUUCCUACGCCAUAG